UAACUUUCGAAUGUUGUKUYUYUGGAAAGGUCAAAAGUUAUGUUCCUUUAAACRUUACUUUCACUGCAUUCAGGGAUAAUGUUUGCCAGGUUAUUUGGGAGAAAAGGUUUAGUAGUAGUUGCUAUAGGUGCAGCAGGAGCUGGURCAGCAUAUGGUGUUUGGAACGGCUCGAAAUACGUGGUAAAUCGGACUACAAUACAUGCCCAUGAUGGCGGCCAAACAAGACGACAUGCAAGAUUUGAUAAAUUUGCUUCUUGUUCCUUCGGAGAUCAGCAUUUGAUGACACCCACAGACUUCCUGGAGUCAUUGAUGCACCAAAAUAUACCCGGAUGGACCAGGAAGAAACAGUUGACUCACAAGGAUAUCCAAAAAAUGGUUGCUAAUACCCCACCACUGUCGAAAGGCUCAAGUAAAUUUUUUAGAACAUUACAGGAGGACGGUAUCAUAACAUACCCAGAAUAUCUUUUCCUUAUAACUAUAUUGACAAAAUCUAAACAUGGUCUUGAAAUUGCAUAUCGUAUGCUUGACAAAGAUGGAAACAAAAGACUUUGCAAAGAUGAAUUCCUAGUGCUGGAAGAGAUGGUAAACAAGAAAGCCACAGCUAAAUCUAUAGCAAAUAAUCAGGCUGAAAUCAGURGUUCUGAAGGACCACAAUUAAAUACCACAUUGCUCACUCACUUCUUCACAGCAAAGGGAAAUGGACAGCUUACAUUUGACCAGUUUUCCAAAUUCAUGUUAGAUUUGCAAGUAGAAGUUUCUGAAAUGGAAUUUAUGGAAUACUCUCGGGGCAUGCCUACAAUCCCAGAAGAAAGUUUUGCAAGGCUGUUGCUGAGAAAUACUGAUCUUCCAGCAGAGAAAGCUCAAGAGUACAUCGAAAGGCUCAAUCGCAGGAUGAAUCUCAGGAAGGCCAUCACACUUCAGCAGUAUAUCAACUUCACUUUGUUUCUAAACAACCUGGAUGACUUUGCUAUGGCGAUGAGAAUCUACUCCAUUGCAGGACAACCGGUUACACAAGAUGAGUUCCAGCGUGCUGUACGUAUCUCUACCGGCCAUACUAUUGAUCCUUAUGUUGUGCAUACAAUAUUCCAAAUCUUUGAUGUCGAUGGGGAUGGGAAACUGAGUCAUCACGAAUUUAUUGAACUCAUGAAAAAUCGACAAAAGCGAGGAUUCAGGACACCGUCAGCGGACAAACCAGGAUGGGAAGGAUUCAAAGCCUGUGUAAAAAAGGAAAUUGCAAACUAAUCACGUUAAUUGAAAUCAAGUUGAGACCAGAAGAAUAUAAUUUACACUCUUUCGAUUUCCCCUGAUAAAUUGUAUUCCUUCUUCGUAUGCAAAAGAAUCGACCCUGCAGGUGAUCUUGCGUAAAGACGUUUGAAAGUCUUAGUCCAAACAACUGCGAAUUUUUUGGGACUAAGAAGGUAUUUGUUAUGCAAUAUCUGAAGGAUUUGUUAAGACUUAGAAUAAGAAACUGAAAAGAAAUUAAAUUAAGAGUAGUUUGAGGAUACCUUGAAGAAUCUACACGGAUUAGGCGGACCAUAAUAUCCAGGAAAUCCAAAUAAUUCACAAAUGCAAGUUAUGGAGGUAUGACGUAGAAUUCCGCCUUACGGCCACCCGGUUAAUACGGGCACUUUUUGUUUUUCCUUCGAUGUCCGGAUUAAGGAGGUUCCAAUGUUCUUUACAUCUGUACAUUGAUUUGAGAUACGCAUGCCGCGUUGCUGCUUAUUCCGUCAUUUUUUAUGCGUUUUCGUGGCAUUUCAUUCCAGCAGUCAGUAUAGAUCCCUGUGUCAGUAUAAAUUGACGCACGUUUGUUAAAGAGCUCCAAGCUUUAUUGCUGUAUUUUAGUAGUAUUUGUAUUUAUAAGUUAUUUGAAAACAUGCAAUUUGUGCGACAACAACAUGUAAUCUGAAUAACGUUAAUAAAUUUCAUUGUAUAUUAUGUGUGAUAAA